UCAUAUCAAAGAAAGAAGAAAAAAGGAAUGAAUACAGCUCGCAUCUCAUUCUGUGGUAGAUUCCCUUCGCUUAUUCCUCUUCAUAAUUCACUACAUCCGCCACGAUCUGCUCCCGAGUCCCAACUACCCAUUUCUCGAAACAAGUAUUGGCAAAGAAAAUCCUUCGAUAAUCGCCUACCUCAAACCCAACAAGUAAUGACGGCCUCAAGUGGUGAAAAUUCUAAGGAGAGCAAAAGUUCUCUCGCUGCACUUGCUCCUCUUCAAGCAGUACUAUUUGAUGUAGAUGGAACUUUAUGUGAUUCAGAUCCACUCCACUACUUUGCCUUCCGUGAAAUGCUUCAAGAGAUUGGAUUUAAUGGUGGGGUUCCAAUUACUGAGGAAUUCUACGCUGAGAAUAUUGCUGGCAAGCAUAACGAUGAUGCUGCUGCGUUCCUCUUCCCUGAUGAUGUUCAACGGGGCUUAAAGUUCACGGAUGAAAAGGAAGCCAUGUUCCGAAGAUUGGCCGCAGAACAAUUGGAGCCUGUGAGUGGCAUAUACAAAGUGAAAAAAUGGAUUGAAGAUCGCGGGUUGAAACGGGCUGCAGUGACCAAUGCUCCGAGGCCAAAUGCCGAACUCAUGAUCUCAAGACUCGGCCUGUCAGAUUUCUUUGAAGCUGUUAUUCUUGGAGACGAAUGUAACCAUGCCAAGCCACACCCAGAACCUUACUUGAAGGCCCUUGAAAUACUCAAUGUAUCAAAGGAUCACACUUUUGUAUUUGAGGACUCUGUUUCGGGGAUUAAAGCUGGAGUGGCGGCCGGGAUGCCGGUAGUUGGUAUAACCACCAGGAAUCCAGAACGCUCUCUGCUGGAAGCAAAGCCUGCCUUCCUUAUAAAGGAUUAUGAAGAUCCGAAAUUGUGGGCAGCUUUAGAAGAGCUUGAUAAGAAAUGAGGUACUUCUACAGAUGCAGCUUGAAACAUUCAUAGAAAAUUCCUUGCUAAACUCAAAACUUUUACAAGAAUUUUGUUGGAAGGGAGAGCCUUUUGGUCCAGCUGCUAUUGAUAUAUUAUUAUUUAAUAUUUAGUCAAUAAUAAAAUAAGAGUACAUUUUGACCUUUA